AUGCCAAUAUCAUUCAACAUUGAUGACUAUUGUUGCUUGGUGGUGAGCUUGGUGAGGUGCUGUCCAUGCGGGGCCAAGGAUGGCAAGCCUGGCGGGGCGAAGGGCGCGCUGCCGCUGAUAUGUCUGGUGCCGCGGGACGCCGCCGCGGGCCAGGGGGGCGCCCGCGGCGGCGGCGGGGGCCACACCUCUGGCCAGAGCGGCGGCUCAGCCUGCUCUGGCGGCAUGCCCGACUCACAGUUCCAGUUCCUUGACGAAGAAUAUCUGAAGAAACACUUCAAUUUGCCACCGCGAGCGCUCUACCUUGACCCCUUCAGACGGCCCCUGAUUACCUUCCCGGUGUCCGGAGAGAACACGAAGAACUUCAACAUGGCUCGGAAGACCAAGAUCAACCAGCAAAUAUUGGACGGCUUCCUAGAUCCUUCUGAAGCUAUCACCGCGCCCAGCGUCUUCCCAUAUGCUGAAGCUAACAAAACGAAGACAGCUGAAGAAGCAGAGGAAGAUGAAGAGAUCAUCUACAUCCUCCAGUUACCUGAUUGGGAGUUCAAGUGUCCGAUCCACAAGGAAACCAUACGAACACCAAGGUUCAUCUGGCAUUCUUGUAAGAAAUCCAAGAAAGGCAAAGGCGAAGGCGAAAUGAGACAAGGCGGUGGACCUCUCAACAGACCCAAACCCUGGUUACUAAGUAGACACACAGACUUCGAUUGGAGUUCGCAAUGGUAA